UUUCCUUAAUAAUCAAGUUAGUUUCUAGAUAUUAGUUUAUUUUGCAAUUGGUUUCGAACAAAAUGUCUUUAACUUACUUGUAAAUCGCUUUUUGCAUACCCGUUGAAAAGAUAACACUCAAUCCAUUUAAGUUGAAUGCUUUGACACACCGAAAACAAUGUGGACACGUGGAACGACUUCAAGGCCAGAGCCAUGCACAAACCCUAAAAACAUGGCUGUCAAGUAGCACAACACAACAACUGAUAAGAAAGCCAACUAAAAAUAGAAAAAUCUAUAUAGAAAUAUACUGAGAAGCCCAACAGAUCUAAGGCAAAGCCAACUACAAGCUACGUGGAGUGGAAAAUUUCAAAGCUCAAGUUGCCGACCAGCAGCAGCUAAAACCAACUUAAGCAGCUAACGAAGUGGUCAAGGCGGUGCCCGGCAACCGCCUAAACGCAGGCAUUAGUUCGGUUUCCUUGUUGCAGGGUGGCAACGCCGCAAAGCAACGGAUUGUAGGCAAGGAAAUUGAUGACACUACUCGGGCCUAGCGCCCCUGGCAUGGCCUUUAUGAUGAAAAAGAAAAAGUAUAAGUUCAAUGUGGAGGUCCAACUACAGGAUCUGGUCGAGGUGGCCCUGGUCAAUGAGGUGCUCUUUGCCAAGAUACGUCUUCUGGACGGCGGCUCCUUUCAGGAGUACAGCAGUCGCGAGGAGGUGCGUAAUCAUCGCGUCGAGUGGAAUCGCAGUUUUGAGUUCCCCUGCAAGAUGAGCGCCAAUGCAUCGACUGGUGUUCUAGAUCCCUGCCAUUUGCGCAUCUCCAUACGCAAGGAGAUGAAGGGCGGUCGCAGCUAUUACAAGCUCGGCUUUAUCGAUCUAAAUCUUGCCGAAUUUGCGGGUGCGGGCUUAACAUCGCGUCGCUUUCUGCUCGAGGGCUACGACUCGCGCCAUCGCCUGGACAACUCCAUGCUAAGAGUUAGCAUCAAAAUGCACAUGCUAAGCGGUGAUAUACUUUUCAAGGCUCCCACGCCCAGUUUAAAGAGCAAACCAAGCAAACCUUCUGCAGAUGAUCUGGCUAAUGAGGUUGCCUGCAGUGGUCUGCAAACGCCAACGGCUACGGCGCUCACCAGCAUGGGCAGCGGCAGUGGCGGCUCAGCCAUUCCUCUGGGCGGCAGUGGCGCCACCUUGGGCGGUGUGGCCAGCACAAUGUCGGCGUCGGUCACGCGCCCCGUCUCCACCACAAGGGAGGAGGAUCUCGACGCACAGGCGGUGAUAGCGGCCAUUGUCACAGACUCCGGGCUGUCCGAGUCCUCGGAAUCGGCGGUUACGCUGACCACGGACAAUCUGCAGCAGCAUGUGAUUGCCUCAUCCAGUGCCACCACGCCCGUCACCGUCACACAGACGCUGCCCGGCUUGGGCGUUAUUGGUAGCAAUAACUAUGGCACCACUGGCGUUAGCAUCAGCGGUGCUGGCGGUGGUGUGGGUGGUGUUAAUGUGGGCGUUACUGUUAAUACAGCUGCGCUUAUGGAAAUGGGACACUCCAGAAAUUCCAGUAAUACUAGUCAAAUGUCAAAAGGUUCGGGUUAUAGUAGUUUUUCGCACAGUCAACAUUCGAGGCAAAGUUCCGAGGGCGACUCGGGGCACGCUAGUCGUUUUAGAAAAUCCGUUUCUCUACUCAAUAGACUCAAUCAGAGAGCUAUAAAUGCCAUGAAAUUGAAUAUACCAGCGAUGCGGCAUCAGCACAAAGCGGAGCAGGCACAGCCACAGGGCCUCGGCUUGGGUCUGGUGCAGGAGCAUCAAGUGGGCCCGGCUGCGCCAAGGAGCCAAGCAACACCACCCAAUCAUCAGGCAAUCGUUAGCCUGAGCACCACCAUCGAAUAUGUGAGCGAGGAGAUGCUCUAUCAGACGCCCAAUGCCACAAUGAAUCCCAGCGAGCAGCUUGCGGGCUAUGAGGAUUUUCGCACGCCCCUGGCUGAGAUGCCGCUGCCGCUGCUGCUGCAGGCCACACAGUAUUAUGAUAGCGGAGAGACGAGCGAAUCCGAUGAAUAUCCCAAUGAGGAUUCGGGUGACAAUGACUCCGGCCUGGAGGAGAACUAUCAUACGCCGCGCGUGGCCAAAAUCAAGUCUAUGGAGAAUCUGUCCAUACUCGAAAUGGAAUUUCACAAGGCCUCCAUGGAGCUGGAUCGAAAUUCACCGCGACGUCUAAAACAGCUAGCGGAGCGUGCACAAAUACCCAAGAUGAAGUCGCUCAAUAAUCUCUGCUUCGACGACUACUCCGAGGAGGCGGUGCGCGAGGAAUUCCAGCGUAUACGCGACCAAUCUCUGGAGGAACGUCUGCGUGUCCAGCAGAACAACUAUACACACAAUUAUCAUCAUCAUCAUCUCCACAGCUAUGGGCUGCGCAAGAAUUCAACUACAUCGAAUGGCUCCUCGGGCAAGCUCUUCGUGAAGCAUCAGUCGCAUCAGUCGAAGGUGGGCAAUGCCAAGUUCAUAGGACAAGAUAGCGGCAAUGAUAGUCCGCAGCCAUCACAUCAUCCCAUACAGAAAAUGCGCUCGAUGGGCACCAUACCCGAUGUCGUUAGCGAGCGCAUCGAAGCGGAUCCCUUUCUCACGCCCACCAGCGAACGUCGGCCCAGCUUUAAUCGGCUCAUACAAUCGGCGGAUAAGCCGGCGCUGAGCAGCAACAGCGGCAACAGCAGCUAUGUGAAUCGCUUGCUCACCUACGAUGUGGUCGAUUCGCCGGCUGAGAGUUUUACAAAUGCCGUUUCCUUUAUGUCGCGCACACCCUUCGAGCGUGCCUAUCGUCGCACCAUGCUGCAGGGCAGCUCAUCCACGCCGCUGGCCACACAGGAGCCCCCACAUUUGGUGCGGCCACAUUCCACGAAUGCCGCCUACGAGCUCAUGAGAAGCUUCAGCGGUGUGCCACGUCGCCUCUUCGACAGCGGCAGCAACAAUUGCAACAACAGCAGCGCCAACAGCAGCAGCAGCUGCAGUCGACAACAGGCAGCGGCAGCGGCAGCAGCAGGAGGAGCGGCAGCGACUGCAAACUCUGGCGGCUAUGCGAUGGGCAGCAGCGGCUCACCGUGCGGCACUCUGGCCAGCAUCCACUCGAAUCACUCGGCGUCCUCGUCGAACGGCAGCAACAGCAGCAGCAGCGGCGCCCUCAUCACCUUCCAGUGCAAUCCGGGCAGCUGCAGCCACCAGGACACCGUGGACGGUGUUCCGUCGCAGCAGACGGUGUUGGGUUCGCCCAAUGGACAUGGCAGCAGUCCACGGCUGGGCAAUGUCAUGUCCGGAGAUGCGCUCAGCUCGCUGGCAGCGAGUCCAACCGAUGCGUGCAGCAUACGCUCGAAUCCUUCGGCUGCCUCCUUGCUGCUCUCCACGUCCGCUGCGGCAGCGGAGGCAUCGGCCAUGACCUCGGCCACCACGACGUCCGUGUCGGGCGCAACGCUCUCACCGUUGGCUACCACACAGAUCAUACGCCGGCCUAGCAUCACCAUGAUGAAUCCCAGUUCCGGCUCGUUAGUUAUAAGUGAAACAGGAUCUCUAGAUCGCACGAAAAGCAGCGGUGAGAAGCGCAAAAAGGGCGCCCUCGAUGAUGGGCCGCGUGUUUCGGAUCGUGUCGAAGAGACGCGCGUGAAUCCCAACUCUUUAAUCGAUGAGAUUUUGAAGGAUACCAAGCUGGAUCAGCUAGGCGAGUCUGCUGAGACGUCUGGCCUGCAGCUCUACAUAGCGCGCGAUGGCACUGCCUCUCUGGGCGGUCACGAGGUCAAGUCAAGCGUGCGGGCGGGUGCCUUCAAGCAGGUGGUCAUGCAAGAUCGAAGAUAGUAGCGAUUCUUGUGUGUAUGUUUCGUAAAAUGUAUUUAGAAGACUAAAACAAACCCACAACAACAACAAAAUAUAAUAGAAAGAAGAAAACAAGAGUUUUUGAAGUAUAUAAAUGUAAUGAUUUAAUUUUUACAUAAUAUUUACUUGCAAGCAAAAAGUGAGAGUAUAUGUACACGUAUAUGACCUAUAAAUAUGAGUAUGAGUAUAUAUAAAUGUAUGUCAUGUCAAAAGUACACUACUAUACAUGUAACUAGCUAUAUAUAUCUAUAUAUGUAUGUAUGCCUAUAUAACGAUAUGAGAAAUAAUGUGUGUGUUAAGCGUUAUAUUAAACAAAACAAAAGCCUGAGCAUCUAAUUAUGUUAACAAACAGUGCUCGCACUGUUAAUUAACAUUUAAUGCAAAGCGUAGUUACUCGCGCUUCUGGGAGUGUUUGGGCUUUUUAAAAUAUCUACAAAUAUCUUACAAAUAUAUUUACAUUGAUUUUAA